AUGGCCGCAGCCGCUCUGGGGCAGAUCUGGGCACGAAAGCUUCUCUCUGCCCCUUGGCGUCUGUGUGGUCCCAGAAGAUAUGCCUCCUCCAAUUUCAAGGCUGCAGACCUGCAGCUGGAAAUGACACAGAAGCCUCAUAAAAAACCCAGCCCCGGCGAGUCCCUGGUGUUUGGGAAGACAUUCACCGACCACAUGCUGCUGGUGGAAUGGAAUGACAAGGGUUGGGGCCAGCCCCGAAUCCAGCCCUUCCAGAACCUCACGCUGCACCCAGCCUCCUCCAGCCUCCACUGCUCUCUGCAGCUGUUUGAGGGCAUGAAGGCGUUCAAAGGCAAAGACCAGCAGGUGCGCCUCUUCCGCCCCUGGCUCAACAUGGACCGGAUGCUGCGCUCAGCCCUGCGCAUUUUCGACAAGCUGGAGUUGCUGGAGUGCAUCCGCCGGCUCAUCGAGGUGGACAAGGCCUGGGUCCCCGAUGCCGCCGGCACCAGCCUCUAUGUGCGGCCUGUGCUCAUUGGGAACGAGCCCUCGCUGGGUGUCGCCCAGCCCACGAGCGCAUUCCUGUUCGUCAUUCUUUGCCCAGUGGGCGCCUACUUCCCUGGAGGCUCCGUGACCCCGGUCUCCCUCCUGGAUGACCCAACCUUCAUCCGGGCCUGGGUGGGAGGGGUCGGCAACUACAGGUUAGGCGGGAAUUAUGGGCCCACCGUGUUAGUGCAACAGGAGGCACGCAAGCAGGGCUGUGAACAGGUCCUCUGGCUGUAUGGGCCCGACCACCAGCUCACUGAGGUGGGGACCAUGAACAUCUUUGUCUACUGGACCCACGAAGAUGGGGUGCUGGAGCUGGUGACGCCCCCGCUGAACGGUGUCAUCUUUCAUGGAGUGGUUAGACAUCUGCUGGAACUGGCUCAGACCUGGGGUGAGUUCUGGGUGGCGGAGUGCACGAUCACCAUGAAGCAGUUGCUGCGGGCCCUGGAGGAGGGCCGCGUGCGGGAAGUCUUUGGCUCGGGCACCGCUUGCCAGGUCUGCCCAGUGCACCGAAUCCUGUACAAAGACAAGCCUGAGCUGAUCCUCCGCUUCCAGAAGGAGCUGAAGGAGAUCCAGUACGGAAUCAGAGCCCACGAGUGGAUGUUCCCGGUGUGAUGCUGCAGGCCGUGCUCCAUAUCCAUCUCAUCACGCCAGCACUUGCCUCCCUACCAAUGACUCACCUGAAGUGCAAUACUAAAUAAAAGGCCAGCGGGCGGUGUCUGGGUCUCUGGCGCCUCCUAUGUGGUUGCUACACCC